CUGAUCCAGCUCUCUGCUAUGGUCUGGGAAAGCAGUAGAAGAUGGCCCAAGUCCUUGGGCCCCUGCACCCGCGUGGGAGACCUAGAAGAAGCUCCUGGUUCCUGGCUUCAGAUUGGCACAGCUCCUGCCAUUGUGGCCGAUUGGGGAGUGAGCCAUCAGAUGAAAGACCUCUCUCUCUCUCUCUCUCUCUCUCUGCCUCUGCCUCUCCUUCUCUCUGUGUAACUCUGACUUUCAAAUAAACAAAUUUAAAAAAAAUCCCCUAUCGAUAAGAUUUUGCAAACAUUUUUCCCAUUUGGGUUUUCUAUGCAGUACAUUGGAUUUCUAGAUUUCUUUUGUUUAUUUAUUUAUUAUUUAUUUCUAGAUUUCUUUUGUUUAUUCAGGUAAGGAAAGUCACAAAGUGGAAGUGUGAACAGCCAAUUUUGGGAGGAUUGCCCCAUCUAAUGUGUAAAAAAAAAAAAGAAAAAAAAUGCAUCUCCAUGGCACCUGUCACAAAACUUUGUCUAAUUAUUAGUUUUCGCUUUAUGGUAUAACAUUAUAACAACAUACAACAUAAAAUAGAGCUACAGGUAAAUACUUGUGUAGCUCAGGUAAUAAUACCUCCACAGCGCAAAGUAUGAGUUACCUGUUUGCUAAUGGCUCUGUUCCUUAGUGCCUCUGAUGUUGCCUCCAAUGAAACAAACUCUGAUACGUGAGUUGAAAGAUCUGUUGGGUUGGCACCGUGGCUCACUUAUCUAAUCCUCUGCCUGCAGUGCCGGCACCCCGGGUUCUAGUCCCGGUUGGGGCACCAGGUACUAGUCCCAGUUGCUCCUCUUCUAGUCCAGCUCUCUGCUGUGGCCUGGGAGGGCAGUGGAGGAUGGCCCAAGUGCUUGGGUCCCUGCCCCACAUGGAAGACCGGGAGGAGGCACCCAGCUCCUGGCUUCUGAUCGGCGAGCACCGGCCGUAGUGGCCAUUUGGGGAGUGAACCAAUGGAAGGAAGACAUUUGUCUCUGUCUCUCUCUCACUGUCUAUAACUCUACCUGUCAAAUAAAAAAAAAAAAAGAUAUUUUGGCUAGCUUCCUACUUAUCUCUAUGACCUUCAUCAAAUGACUUACCCUCUCUGGAUAUGGAUUUUUCUCUUCUGUAAAAUGUGAGAAUUGAAAGGAAGUUUGAAAAGUGUACUCUUUAUAGUUAUUAAGUUUAUAGUAACAGUAGUUUUUUUGUUGUUCUUGUCCUUAAUAGGGAUAAAUUAUUAAACCUUGUUAAAAUCUUAGACUUAAUAUAUGUUUUCUCAAAAAGAUUGGAGUUAGAUGGAUUUGACUAAAAAACUGGGCACAUGCAGAUAUUCAGUAAUGAUUAAAGUAGUAAAUGCCAGCUACGUGAUUAGCAUUGUAGGUUAAAGGAACAUGACCUAAGCAUUCCCAAUGAGGUAGAACUAAAGGGAUAAUUUACAUGCCUGCUGAGGGUGUGGCUAAGGUAAAGGAACUAUGAGGAAGAAGUCCUUGAUCACGUCUUCAGACGUGUUGUUUAGAGAAAGAACAAACUCUCAGAGGUCAAUUGUGUCCAAAAGGUGAAAACAAAACUUAGACUACAGCCAAAUAGAAAAAUAGAACCAUAAGGGAAAAAACAUCUGAAAGGCUUGGAAAUUGUGAGGAAAUAAUGCAAAAGGUGUUUCAAAGCUCCUGACCAGUGAACAAAGAUUUGAGAAAGACAACCAAGCUCAUGUUUUCUCCUGAUCAAGAAAAUCAUCCUUCCAAGGCACCAGUAAAAUAUGGUGAACUCAUUGUCUUAGGGUAUAAUGGGUCUCUCCCAAAUGGCGAUAGAGGAAGGAGGAAAAGUAGGUUUGCUUUGUUUAAAAGACCUAAGGCAAAUGGGGUGAAGCCCAGCACUGUGCAUAUUGCAUGUACUCCUCAGGCUGCAAAGGCAAUAAGCAACAAGGACCAGCACAGUAUAUCCUAUACUUUAUCUCGGGCCCAGACAGUGGUGGUUGAAUAUACUCAUGACAGCAACACUGAUAUGUUUCAGAUUGGUCGAUCUACUGAAAGUCCCAUUGAUUUUGUGGUAACUGACACAGUUCCUGGAAGUCAGAGUAAUUCUGAUACACAGUCAGUACAAAGCACUAUAUCAAGAUUUGCCUGUAGGAUCAUAUGUGAACGGAAUCCCCCUUUUACGGCACGGAUUUAUGCUGCAGGAUUUGAUUCAUCAAAAAACAUCUUUCUUGGGGAGAAGGCUGCCAAAUGGAAGACAUCAGAUGGGCAGAUGGAUGGCUUGACCACUAAUGGCGUUCUUGUGAUGCAUCCACGCAAUGGAUUCACAGAAGACUCCAAGCCUGGAAUAUGGAGAGAAAUAUCAGUAUGUGGAAAUGUGUUUAGCCUGCGUGAAACCAGAUCAGCUCAGCAGAGAGGAAAAAUGGUGGAAGUUGAAACCAAUCAGUUACAAGAUGGCUCCUUAAUUGACCUCUGUGGGGCAACGUUGCUGUGGCGCACUGCAGAGGGCCUUUCCCACACUCCUACAGUGAAGCAUUUAGAAGCUUUAAGGCAGGAAAUCAAUGCAGCACGACCUCAGUGCCCUGUAGGGUUCAACACACUAGCAUUUCCUAGUAUGAAGAGAAAAGAUGUGGUGGAUGAAAAGCAACCAUGGGUGUAUCUAAACUGCGGCCAUGUGCAUGGCUAUCAUAACUGGGGAAACAAAGAAGAACGUGACGGAAAAGAUCGUGAAUGUCCUAUGUGUAGGUCUGUUGGUCCCUAUGUCCCUCUGUGGCUUGGAUGUGAAGCUGGAUUUUAUGUGGACGCCGGCCCUCCAACCCAUGCGUUUAGCCCAUGUGGGCAUGUAUGUUCAGAAAAGACAACUGCCUAUUGGUCCCAGAUCCCGCUUCCUCAUGGUACUCACACUUUUCAUGCAGCCUGUCCUUUUUGCGCACAUCAGUUGGCUGGUGAACAAGGCUACAUCAGACUUAUUUUCCAAGGACCUCUAGACUAACAGCCAGUUGUCCUCCAGGACUAUAUUAUAAAUUUAUAAGCUAAGUGAGUUGGGUUUUCCAACCUGUUGUCCAUGUCAGUUUCUCUGCUCUGGUCAUUUGCAUUAAGAUGAAGAAUUUUUUAAAACAUUUAUAAUAGUAGCAAUUUUGAGCAAAAAUCUGGGAAACUCAGCAAAGGAAUUUUUGAAAGUACCAGACUUCUGAAUCCUGAGUUUUGAAAAUAUAUUUUGAGGAGAAAAAGACAUAGUCUAACUUGAUGCCUUUGUUAGUGUUUUUGAAUCACCCAUCCUCAGUGUUGAAAGUUGUUUUGUAUAACUGAGGGUACUGUUGGUUCAAACUAUGUUAGUUUACAGUUUGUUGCAAACAUUGUAAAAUACAGCAACAUGUAUAUUAACUUUUUUAUAUUUAUCUUUAUUAUAGAAAAUGUCUUAGAAUGUUCUUGAUAGAGUAGCAUGGUAAUGAUGGUGUCACACCUUUGGUGUGAAUGGUAGCUUAGUGAGCACGUAGCUGAAGGAUUUGCAGAGUUAGGAAGAAGGACAAGAGAACCUCUCUCCCCAUCCCCAUCUAAAUAUGAAAUUUGGUAAAUUAGAAUACUUUGUAAAACCAGAUUCAUAUUAAUCACCAUUGUGUAAGAGAUGUUUGUUUUUAACCACAUUGAAGAUAAUCAGGAAAGAUUUUUUUUCCUUAAUGUUUCUCUCAAGUGUAGUACUAUAACAGAAACUUAAUGCUAAGAAACAUUUUAUAUGCUCCUUUGAAUAUGCAAUUUAAUCUAGAUUAUCUAUUUUUCUCCCACAAUAACUAAUCCGUUUUUAGUAUCAGCAACAUUUGGCAAGUUUAUUUUUUGGAUAUAAACUGUGGUUCAUCUGUUCACUGUUUCUAGAAAAAAUCACUCCCUUGAGAAAAAGCAUAAAUUAACAAGAUAGAAGAGUGACUUGAUUUGCGUUUAGAAAAAGAAAUGCUCAAUUAAUUAAUUAUUCUGUAUUUGGCCUUAUCUAGGGAUUAGAAAUUCUAGCGAUACAAAGGGUUGGAUGACAAUAGUGCCCCUGUUUUUUUUUUUUUUUUAACCUAGCAGACCAGCCUUAACUGUAGGCUUGAAUCCUAAGGAGAGCUGCCACAGUGUGACUCAAGGGACUCUGGUUGGCACAUGAGCACCAGUGGCAUCAGAAUGGAGGGACACACUUGCAUGGUCUGUUUAGGCUCUAAUUACAGUAAGUUCUUUGCUUUCAGAAGCAAGAGAAAGAAUCUUUCCCCUGCCUCUCCUGCCCCCCUUUUUUUUAAAUGUACCACAAGAAAAGUAGACAGUUGCACUACAUCAGAUUCUUUUUUGACACUUGUAGAAAUCAAUAUACUUUUAGAGUCAUUUUUUUUAAUCUUUUAAUUUGUUUUCCUUUAGUUUUAAAAGUUGUAUAAUACUUAAUUGACUGUAGCAAAUUUUUGUAUGUGGUAGCAACAGCUUUAAUUUAUCCUGUUACAACACUGUUCUGAAUUUUCUUUUGGUUUAAAAAACAAAACAAAACUUGUUGUUAGAAGCCAUGAACUAUUUUAUUUUACUUCAACUGUUAAAUUUUCCUUGUUUUUAAAAAUGAUCAUUGGGUUCACUCAGGAAAUGCAUGUCAGGAAACUUGUAUUAUAAGUUUAUUAGUUGUGAUGUAUCAAUAACUGCUGUUACCCCCUUUUCCAAGAAGUAUAAUUGAUUUUGAAGUUAUCUAGGUGGUCACAUGCUUUGUGACUAGUGCCAGGAAAUCAAGUCCUGUGUUGUAUUUGUUCUAGUCUUUUCUGUUCAGGCUAUAUAUUGUAGCUUAAUUUUUAUUUGCAAUUAAUUUAUUCAAACUAAGUAAAUACUUUUCAAAAUAGA